AGCGUGCCAACCCUCCUCCCGUCCAAUCAAUCCAAGCAUAUCAUCUACCAUGUUUUUGAUCUACUGGCCGUACUUGGCCUUGGUGCUUUCUUUGGCCUUGUGCCUCGUGUUGGUGGUGGUGUCUUUGGCCGGGAGAUUGUGUCGCGCUCGUAUGGAACCGCUGCCCGAACGAGACUUGUCCACCUAUUUCACGGAUAGCAUGGAAAACAACAUUCUGCCUUAUCCCACUGACGAGGAGCUCCUUGAUGCGGCCUCAGCCCCACCUAUGAUGUCCGAUGUGGAGAUGCAGGCUCUGCCGCCAUCGGCGGGAACUUUCGAGGCGGGUCUGCCCUACUCCUUGGAUCAGUCCAUGAGCCCCGAGGGCCGGCGGGACUUUGAAGUCUAGAACGCCCAGUGCAGUGUGGCCACACCCUGCCCUAUUCAUCGAUGACUGAUGCCGGCGCAUCCAGACAGUUGUGGGAUGUGAUGAACUAGUGUCCGUGUUGUUGAGCCCGAGUGGACUUAUGUGAUUGAUCAUCAUGUCGGGCCCGACGGAGUUCACGCUCGAGUCCGUGCGCCAAUACAUGUUGGCCCAAGAUGGUCGUGUGACCAACCACGAGUUAGUCAAGUAUUUCAAAGCGUGGCUGACCCACCCCUCGGAGAAGGAGCAGGCUCGCCAGAAGUUUAAGGAGUAUGUCAACACGUUGGCCACCAUCAAACAAGAGCAAGGCGAAAAGUAUCUCGUCCUGAAGCGGAAGUUUUAUCCGCAUUUCGAAGAUGACGAGGACUUGCCCCCCGCGCCACCCCCGCCGCCCCCUCUCAGCCAGCCACCCAGACAAGUGUCCGAAAGUCCUUCUCUGUUGGAUGAGGUCAUGGCCGGAUAUCAGACCAUGUCCUCGCAAAAUGUAACCCACUACGCCAAUCCCACCCGACGAGUACUUCCCCCCACCCCGUCUUCGGCCAGUGCUUUGCCAUAUCGUCCUCCGCCAUUAGUGCCCCCGCCGUCGGAUUAUGGCCUACCCACCCCGCCAGACCUGGGCUUGCCCAUUUCUGGCCAUAUCCAGUCGCAUUAUUAUAACCCGCAAAGCCAGCGCUCAAGCUACGCCUCCUCCUCGUCCGGGGGUCAAGCUCAAUCUAGGUCCAGCUACGCCCACAACGGCCACGGCUCACCUCAAAUGGGCGACAUGCCUCGAGUCCCACCGCCUUAUCGACCACCGCCAGUGUCUUCCAACUAUCGAUCUCCACCCUUGCCUCCACCGUCUUCUGUGAUCCGUCAGAUGGCCCCGCCUCCGUCAGAUUAUGGUUUACCCGUGGGUUCUUCCUCAUCCCAUUACGCAACAACCAGAUCCAAUGGCUUUCAAUCUCACUAUCAAACGUCACCACCUAUUCCUUUAAGUGGUGGAAUGAUAGCAGGAAGGGGGCCAUCGUCUUUGGUGAUGGAUUUCCAGCCCUCGGGCGAUCCGCAUGCCCCACCCAUACCCCGACGGAAUGGUCAUCCCGAGGGAAUAUCCCGACAGUCCUCGACCUCUUCAGUACAUCCGGAGGGUAUAUCUCGACAGUCUUCGACUUCUUCAAUGCAAAGAGCCCCUCCCCCACCGCCACCCAAAGUGAAAGAAGACACGCCUCCUCCUCCUCCUCCUUUACCAUCUCGGUCGUUACCUCCACCUCAGUCCAGUGUUCCAUCGAGCCAUGCCUCGAGUCGUCGGAGUUCUCAGUCAUCCGUGACCACCACCUCCAAUGGAAACUUCUCUCGACAAACAUCGUCCAGUGAGGACAAAGAGAACUCGUCGCCAGACGACGGGGGUCAUGCCAUGGAGGUGAGCGGGUCCUUGGGGGCCAAAUCGAUGCCCAACCUCGCGUCAGAAGGUGGGUCCGGCAUUCCGUCACUUGGGCCCUCUGGGCCUCAGGAGAAGAUCAGUGUCAAAGAGCGAACCAAGACGUUCAAUCGGAUGGCCUCCGAGAUCGACCUGAAUGGCCAGGCGGGUCAUUAUCCAAUCCGGAAAUCAAGCUCGUCAUCCAUUGGAAAUGCGGUGAAGCGACGCAAUUCUCGAGCGGCUGAACAGAUCAGUAGCCGUAGAUCCUCUUCCACCCAUCGGGAUGACCGCAGUGACGAUUCGGCCUCGAUUACUACCAUCGAUCAGAACUCCAAAACAUGGAUGGUUCGCUCGGCCCAAGGGGAAUUUCAUGCCAUGAUGAAGUUGCUCCGUGAAGACCCGCGUCUGGCCAAGCAUCGGGACUUCACCUCGGGAUUCACGGCUCUGCAUUGGGCGGCCAAGCACGGCGACCUGGACAUGGUGAAAUUGCUGGCUGGAAACUACAAAGUCAAUCCCAACGCCAAGUCCAAUGGUGGAUAUACCCCUCUACAUUUGGCAUGUCAGUUUGGUCAUCAAGAGGUAUUUGACAUCUUGAUUAAGUCCUUUGAGGGGGAUCCCAAGAUCCGAGACAACUCGGGAAAGACCCCUCGCCAAUAUAUGAUGGCUAAUGAGCAAACCAUGGGUCUUUCUCUCUCGAAUGAUACCUUCAGGCAACUCAAGGAUAGGCGUCGCAAUCGGAGACAAGCUGCGGAGAAGAACCCGGGGAUUUUAAAAUUCGGCUCUCUCUCGGUCAAGGUCAAGAAAACCACCGAGGCCUUUAAUAACUAUUUCACGAGCAAGGGCGAGAAUGGCGUCCAUGGUGGCGAUUCCGACGGGAUGAAGAUGCCGCCUCCCAAAUUUGGUCCGAUCAAGAAACGCAAAUCCAAGAGGUCGAUCGACUACGGAAAACCGCAGCCGGUGAUCAGCGGUCCCACGCCCAUAGCGGAUGCCUCGCCCAUGAAAAGCAUAGUAGUGGAGGAAGAGGCAGUGGAACCGAUUGCCAAAUCGGACGACAGUGACUCGGAAUAUGGAUUUGACUCCCAAUGGACGGCUCCCACCUAACUACCUUCAUUUCUAUUUACAUCAUAAACAGGCCGACAGGAAAAAGUAUUCUCAGAACAUUCCAGAAACAUUCUCUGAACACAAUCUCUCGAAAGGUUAUUUCAAGAGUGAGCAUUCCCUAAUACGAAAGAUCUGUCCACUACAAAAGAUCAAUUUUGUCAACAACGUUUUUCUCUUUUUUUUCCUCGAUCAUUUCUAAGAAAUACAUAUUUUCUGCUAA